AUGACCGAAGAGUCAGCUUCCGUGCCUUCUGCCCCGGGGGCGGAGGCCGCUCCCUCAGCCGACAAGAAAAAGAGGAAGGUGUCUAAGACCGCCACCAAGAAGCGUUCAUCUUCUUCCACAAAGGCCAAGUCUACAAAGGGAAAGACCUCUAGCAGCAAGUCCAAGGAAAGCAGGUCUGCGCAGGACAAAGCAGACAAGCCCGAACGGUCCGAGACUGCCGAGGUUCCAGCAGAGGAUGAACAGCAGCAGAACGAUUCUACAAAAAACUUCGAGGCUGCAGCGGAGUCGCAUAUGGUGAGCUCCGAGCCGUCAGCGGGGACAGCUGUACAGGAACUUGAACGAGAGGCUUGCGAAGAGGAAGGCGAGCCGCUUUUGCCAAUGGACGAAGACGGGAAGCAGCCAGAGGCUCCCGUGGAGUAUCAGGAAUCCAGAGAAAAUGCUCAUGAAGACGGUGAGAAAGAAAAGGUGAAUGAAGAAGCGCUCAAGGAAGCGCAGGCGGAGAAGAAGGCUCCUCUCAAUGCGAAGCCAGGCGAGGCGGGGGCAGCAGGCCCACGCCACCCUUCAGUGAAGCGACAACAUAUGCCAUGGAGCUCUUCCCCACUUCUUGAGUGUAUACCGAGAACAUCUCUCAAUGGGGUCUGCGGGGGCCCAUGGAGGAGUUCUGCCUAUUGCAGCUGGCUUCACGACACAGUCGGGUGCACCUGCAGGCGCGUUGCGGGGGGUCCUCUGCCCGAGAAGUGGGGAGCAUUUUCUGAUUUCUUAGCUGCUAUUGAUAUUCGAGACACCGCGGACAAGAAGUCACGAGGGGAGCUGGACUUAGUUGGCACUAACAAUGCAGAUGAGGAGAAAGCUGCGAAAGAGGCCUUUGGAGAAGCGGAGAAGGACCCACAGCAGCAGGAAGAAUAUGCUUCACCAAACCCUCUAAUGGUGGAAAAGCUUCUUUUGCUUCCCUGCAAAACUUUCCUAUCUACCGCGUUCGCCCCCCAACUGCUACACUGCCGGCCCUUCUCGCCUAUAGGGCUGCAGGAGCAGUUUGACGGGGCCCAAAGGCGCAGAGCUGGGUUAAGCAGGAGGUUCGCGCGCCUUGCUGCUGGUGCAGCACACACAAAGCCGACGGCGGCAGAGGACAAGCGGGAGGAUCAGCAGGAGAAAAGUUCUGCAGAAAAGGAUCAGCAGCAAGAGCAGCCCGAGCAGAGUCUCCCCGCUCGUCGCCCGCCUACAUGCGGCUCUGAGUGUCUGAUAGACGAGGGCCGUAUGCGAAUCCUGUCAGUCAUAAAUUUGUGCCUUACAGAGCGUCACUAUGAGCCUCAGCUGCUCCGGCGGGAUUGUUUGCCCGUGUUUUGGCAUAAGAGCCAAGGGGGUGGAGAGGUUCCCACCCCCGAAAGUCUCCUUAACUAUUUCAAGCUUUUGUCUCUCCUCACCAUGCAAGGCAUUCGUGUAGCUGAGCAUUGGGCGGCUGCAGCGGACUGUGCCGUGUGCAAUUCUGGGACUGGGGCGGCGACUCCGCAGAAGGGCAACUCGAGGGAAGAGGCAUCCAAGGAGGUGACCCCGUGCACAUGCAGCUGGCGUUUUACAGUCGUAACGCAUUGCACUCAUGGAGUGAACAGGACAGGAUACAUGGUAUGCGCGCUGCUGAUGGCGUUGUUGGGCCUCUCGGCAGCGGAAGCUCAGGGAGUUUUUAAGGCAGCGAGGGGGCAUGCGAUUCCUCGGGAGGAGAUCAUCGCUGCCCUGCAGCAAUUGGAGAAAGAGGGAGUUUCUGAGGCUAUGCGGGCGGCCCUUGCGGCCCCUGAGCUGCAUCCAGUAUAUGCAGAGAAUGCAGCAGCUGAUGGCGUUGAAUUGCAGAAGGGCAGCUGUUUUGUUCGUGUCGCCACGGCGGCAGCACCAACAGAAACUGGGAGGACCAUUCCCAUAUCAGGUGGCUUUAAGAAGAGCCUCACGUCCUACAGGGAGUUGGAAAGGCAAAGGCUCAUAAGGGCGAAGCAAGCUUCGCAGAACAGGGAGCAGAGGGAGCAAAAGCAACAGCAGCAACAGGAGUCAAAGGACGCCGCAGUGAAGGAAGAGGCGACAGGAGAAGCAGAGGGGGGGAACAUCUGCGAGGCAAAGGGAGAAUCUUCUGAUGUCAAGGUAGAGGAAGCGCCGGGUGCAGUCACAGAGCAAACAGCAGCAGGGGCGGCUGAAGACGCCAAGGAGGUAUUUUUGACGGAGGAUGAAAUGAAACAGCUGCCAGUUGUCCCAUCAGAAGUCCCCAACAACGGUGUGGUUCUGUUUGGUCCUCUUUCCAAUGCCUUGUUGGCCCCUGAGGAGCUGCUAUUGUACCUACUAGACUUGCAUCCUAAUCUCCGUAUGUGCGAUUACCGCGUCCUUGCAUCGUCCAAUGUCAAUCAGCAUCUGGGAUAUCCCGCGACCAAUAAGAAGACAGGUUUCAGGCGUCGCAGACGAGUGGGAGUCCCCAACAGAACGAGUGGGCCGAAAGCAGAGGAUGAGGGGGAACCGGUACAACAACCGCCAGAGCAGGCGGAGGAACAGGCACCGCAGCAGGAUGCAGUUGCCCCACAGCCCAUGGAGAAACCUUUGGCGUAUCACUACAUCUUGUAUGUGCAGGCGGCAGAUCCUUUUUCGUUCGAAACUCUCGUAGCGUCCGAACUUGUCUCGCUCCGCAAGCAGCCCCUUCAGGCCUUCACUUUAGACUUCCUGCCGUAUAUCCUCGCACGAGGGAAAGAGCUCGAUGCCGUCGCGCUCAACUGGUCCGUCCAGCAUCCCCCCAGACCCAAGCGGGGGCCUCCACCGCUCCCACUGCCCUUUGGAGCUCCAUUCCCCCCCCCAGGAUUUGGGGGCCCUAUUCCGCCGCCUCAUCCGUGGAUGGGGCCUGGAGGUUUUCGCAAGAGGGGUUCCGUGGAUGUGGAUGUCAUUCCUCCUUUUAUGCGCGGAAACGGCCGGUUCGGAGGACCGGCCGCUGAUUGUGGAGGCAAGCCAGUAGCGCCCCCGCCCCCUCCCUUCUUCGGGGGGGGAGGCCAGUGGAGAGAACCACCUCCCCCUCCUCCCCCUUCCAAGAAUGCAGGGGCAUGGAAAGGCCCUGAGCCGCAAGUGAUACCUCCGCACUUCCCGGUGCCAGGAGUUCCUGAGUUUCGCCCGGGGUAUCCACAGGAUGGCCCCCGCCAAUUUGAUGAGAGGAGCAAAGACCCGGGGGCUCGAGCAUCUCGGCAGGGGCCCCCUCGAGACUUCUAUGACGCGGUCCGACAGCAAACACCGACGCCUUCUGCGGGGGGCUCAUGGAGAGCCCACAAUCCACAGGGCUGGACGCCUUGUGUUCAGGGAGCUUUAGCAGGCGGACACGCUUUUCAGAUGCCCAAGGACAACGCAGAGGGUGGGACCUGGGGCACCAACAACUGGGAAAGUUGCAGGCCCCAGGGGGCCUCAGAUGGUUGGAACCAAGGGCCCCCUGGACCUGAGUGCGCAGGUACGUCCAAGCGCCGUAGGCCGAACGCGGAUGGUGGCUUCAGUGGAGAAUGGAAUUCCCAUUUGCCUGCUGGCAGAUCCGGAGGAGAGUGGGGAGGCGCUGUGUGUAACAACUCCGCUGGAGCUUCUCAGUCGGAGUGGGGCGGCUCUGAUAGACCUUUGGGGGCCCCUGGACGUGAGGCUUUUGGAUGUUCUCGUGGCAGCGAUUUCCAAGCUGGAGGCGCAAUUCGGGGCUCUAUGAAUGGAUUUAGUAACCAAUGUUCUCCUCAGCACCGCGAUGCUCAGCUUAGUAACCCCGGCGGUCCAGGUAUGAUGCAGCAGCAGCAGGGCUUUGGCAGCGUGCCCCAAACAUUCUUGCAGCAGCAGCAGGGCUUCGGCAGCGUGCCCCAAACAUUCUUGCAGCAUCAGGCUGGAGGAAGCCCAUGUCCUCCGGCUUAUUCUUCCUCAUCCCUUCCGCAAGGAGGGAACUCCGAGUUCAGUGCUGCGCAGCAGCAGCAAUAUCAGCAGCAGGAGCCCGUUCCUGGGUAUGUGAUACAGCUGCUUCAGCAGCAGGCAGCACAGAGAGGAGCCUCCGUCGACCCGCAAGUGUUGGCGCAGCUAUACACGCAGUACUAUCAAUCCUUCUUGAGUUCAAUCUCUAACUCUUCUAGCGGCCAGCAAGUUACUCAGGACCAGCUCAUGCAGUACUUGCAGCAGGUGCAGCAGCAGCAGCCAAUGCAUUGA